AUGGAUGGCCGGGCAAGAGCAACGGCGACCGCUAGCCCGAAGCGGGAAGGUGGGCGGGCGAGGGCAGCAGGUGCACCUACCUGCAGGACCACCGCUAGCUGGACCGCGACUGCCUGCACCAAGCGUACAGCGCAAGAAGGAUCGAUCAGCCGAGGAAAUUUCCAAACUCCACCAUGGCCCACGGCACGGGAUCACGAACUAACAACCACAUGUGGCCAGGGACCCCGCCACACCGCUUUCCCCGCAAAAAAUCCUGAAGCCUUAAAACCUUUUGCCUGCGCUGGCGCCAUUGACGCUUCACCAUGCUCUUUGCCCGCUCGCUCUGCCAGGUUUCCAGCACCCCUCCCACUCUCCCCCAGAUUCCCGGAUAGAGAGACCCACCGCUCCUCCGUCCCAUCCACCAUGGCGGAGAAGGAGAUUCAGCCUGUCGACGGUUCCGGUCGUGGUCAUGGCACCGCACCUGGCGAGCACCCCUUCGAGGUUAACAAGGCCAGUGCCAAAGUCAUCAACGAUGCCCGCCUCGCUACCGACAAGGAGCAUACCAUGACCCUGAUGCAAGGCUUGAGACUCUACCCCAAGGCCAUAGGAUGGUCGGUCCUCAUCAGCACAUGCAUUGCCAUGGAAGGCUACGAUGUGUGCUUGCUGUCCAACUUCUUCGGCUUCCCCCAGUUCAAGAAAAAGUACGGUUCUCAGCUCCCCGAUGGCUCCUACGAGAUCUCGGCCGCCUGGCAGUCUGGAUUGUCCAACGGUGUCACCGUCGGCGAGAUCAUCGGCCUGAUGAUCAACGGAUGGGUGAGCGAGAGGUUUGGCUACAGAUACACCGUCAUUGCCUGUUUGACCCUCAUCAUCGCCUUUACCGCCAUCUUCUUCACCGCUCAGACGGUCGAGCAUCUGCUGGUUGCCGAGAUCCUCUGCGGUGUGCCUUGGGGCGUCUUCCAGACCCUGACUAUCACCUAUGCUUCCGAGGUCUGUCCCGUGGCAUUGCGUGGAUAUCUUACAACCUAUGUCAACUUCUGCUGGGGCCUCGGCCAGACAAUUGGAAUCGGCGUCAUCCGCGCCAUGCUUUCUCGCGAAGACGAAUGGUCCUACCGCAUUCCCUACGCUCUCCAAUGGAUGUGGCCAAUUCCCCUGAUGAUUGGUGUCUUCCUCGCCCCUGAGUCGCCCUGGUGGCUCGUUCGUAAGGGACGUCUGGACGAUGCAAAGAAAUCUCUCCUCCGCUUAACCAGCCUCAACCGCGAAACCGACUUCAAUGCCGAUGAAACCAUUGCCAUGAUGGUUCACACAACAUCUCUCGAGGAGAAAAUCACCCGUGGAGCCAGCUAUUUCGAUUGUUUCAAGGGCACCGACCUCCGUCGUACCGAAAUCGUCUGCAUGGCUUGGGCAAUCCAGAAUCUCAGUGGCAAUGCUUUUUCGGGCUACUCCUCGUACUUUCUCCAACAGGCCGGUCUCCCACCAUCCACCUCGUACGACUUUGCUCUCGGCCAAUACGGCAUCAACAUGGCCGGUGUAAUUGGGUCGUGGUGGCUCAUGAAAGCUGGACUAGGGCGCCGCACACUCUACGUUGGCGGUCUUUGCGGUCUCUGCACUAUGCUCUUCAUCAUGGGAUUUCUAGGCCUCGUCCCCGAAUCAAAUCGUGCCGACGGCGCCAUGGCAACUGGCUGCAUGAUGAUUGUUUGGGCCAUGUUCUACCAGCUCACCGUCGGCACCGUGUGCUACUCGCUCGUUGCCGAGCUUUCAACCCGCAGACUACAAAUCAAAACCGUCGUCCUCGGCCGUAAUCUCUACAACAUUGUCGGCAUCGUCUGCAACAUCGUCACGCCUUACAUGCUUAAUCCCGGCGAACUCAACUGGAAAAACUAUACGGGUUUCUUUUGGGCAGGCAUCUGCUUUUUUUGCAUCGUGUAUACCUAUUUCCGCCUUCCUGAACCCAAAGGACGUACUUUUGCCGAGUUGGAUCUGCUGUUUGAGAAGGGGGUCUCAGCGCGCAAAUUUAGCAGUACCAAGAUUGACGUGUUUGAGGAUAUGAAGUAUACCGAUACGGCGCUUUUCCAGAAAUAUGAGAAGGGUGUCGAUGCCGAGGGGUCUGCGGAAGGGCUGGUGAGCACGGCUUAA